UGUCCCGGAGUCUUUUUUGUAUAAAAUUUUGUACAUAUAUUUGUAAUGAAGUGAGUUUUCUUAUAAUUUUUUACGCUUUCGUUUAUGGAAAUGGGCGUUAAGUAGAAGCGUUUUUUUUAGGUUUGCCAAGAGUUCGGCAACACGGCGUUGUGCGUACCUGCAAGUAGCACCAAUAAGUGCAACAAUUGUGGCAGUCUACCCGCCGCUUGUGAUCCGUAUGAUACGUCAAUUCCACAUGUGUGUAUGCCCGGGAUGCCUCCUCUCCCACUGCCAGCGUGUACAAGUCCAAAGGUGUGCAGCGCAGGAGCUUGUGUUGAUGGCAUAUCAGACCCAAAUAAUCCAGCCGCAGUUUGUGCUUCAAAUGGUGCCUCUACAACACAAUUUUAUUCACUAAAACCCGCAUGCACCUCGGCAGUACUAUGUUUAGGAACCAACGUAGCGUUCAUUUACAACUGCACGUCAGGGCAUUAUUUUAAUCAAAUCUUGAACUCGUGCAAGAGUCUUCCGGUGAAUCACUGCGAAGGCGUCACUACUGACGGAAUUUCUGCCAGUUUAACCAACUGUUCGAACGGAGUUGUGUGUCAAGGUGGUGCGUUUGUCACUGAAAUUCAAUGCGGCACUGGGCAGGUAUUCAAUAUUAGUCAAAACGGUUGUAUUGUUAGACCAGCAUCUCCCAAGUGUCCACCAAUGGACGGAUGUACUUUCGCAUCCAGUGGUUCCCUAACCACCACCAGGCCUCCUGGACAGUCGAGCUCAACCACCACCAGGCCUCCUGGACAGUCUAGCUCAACCACCACCAGGCCUCCUGGACAGUCGAGCGCAACCAGCGGAAGUGGAUCAACGUCUACCACAACACCACCAACAUCUUCAUCUACGACCACUACAAAACCCGCCGGUUGUUCUGCCAGCAACGUCAACAAGCGCUAUCCCCAUGAGUCCAAGUGUGAGAGAUACUACACGUGCCGUUUAAUAAGUGGUAUCUACAAGUACGUCGAGUUAAUCUGCAGUGGAACUACGGUCUACAACCCAACCACCGGCUACUGCGAGCCGCCAACAACCACACCUUCCUGCCGGAAAAGCAGAAGUGAUGCAGCUUAGAGGCCCACGUCUACAGGGUUGUCCGUGCAAGCUUCAAACGCAGCAACAGCAUCAAAAUUUUAUGGCCCCCGUAGUAGAAGUGACGCUAACAUUGUAAUCAUUGCAACCAUUUUAACUUGUUUCCACCAUUGUAACUUAUUACAACCAUAGUAACCACAUAAACUUAAGCCCUGAAAGAUCCCGCUUGAUGACCGCUUUUAAAUGCAGUCCAUGCAGUCAGUCCAUCCCCUGUUAUUUGGUUUUAAUAAAACCUACUAGUCUCGCCGAAAGUUGAAUGAUGUUUUGUUUGUAAAUUCGUGCACGGGUUAAGAAUGCGACGUGAAGCCGGAGGGUCUAGGACCGUGAACUGUAAUACUGGACUAUUCACUGAAUAAUAAGUAGCUCACGAUAGCGGAGAACGUGCUGGAGUGCUUCUGACGAUACCCUAUGUCAUGCAUGGUUCGGAAAGGAUAGUCUCAAAUUUUUACAAUGCCUACUUCGAUUUUAUGUAAGAAAGACUUAUAAUCCAGCUUAGUAUCUUCAACUGACAGGCUAAAGAAAAUUCCGGCACGGCGAUCGCUAUUUCUACAACGACUGUGAAUCUAGUUUUAUAUCCGCUAGUGAGAUUUAGUGACAGGUAUACUGUACAAACUGUGAGACCUUAUAUCUCAAGAUCGUUGAUUUUGCUAACUGUUGUUGUUUAAGUUGUCUGAUAUUGUCUGAUAUGAAUUAUCUGAUAUUAAUGACAUUGUCUGAUAUGAAUUGUCUGAUUUCGUCUGAUAUUGACGAUACUAAAAAUUGGGUUGUCGGCCUUUAGAUUCUGCAAGUAUCAUUGAAGUUUCUGACCAGUUCCCGCAUUACUAGUCCCUGACGUCGUGGUCAUAGAUACCUCACUUCCUCCUCUCGUAUUUUUAAGGCUUCAGAAGUGUGUUCUUUUUAUUUUAGUGUUUGUUUUUUGGUUUCGGAAAUAAACUGCAUUGAACUAAACAUGCGUAUUUUUAUUC